GUCUCAGUGUCGGUUUUUGUUCGUUCGGUCGAUCGAUUGUGUUUCUAAGGGACGGUGCAGGGAACCCGUGUGAGGUACAUUAAAGGAAGCCAUGGCUAGCUUUUCAGGAACCACACAGAAGUGCAUGGCUUGUGACAAGACUGUUUAUCUUGUCGAUAAGCUUACCGCCGAUAAUAGGGUCUUCCAUAAGGCUUGCUUCCGAUGCUACCAUUGCAAGGGCACUCUCAAGCUUAGCAACUAUUGUUCGUUCGAGGGAGUGUUGUACUGCAGGCCUCACUAUGAUCAACUCUUCAAGAGAACUGGCAGCCUUGACAAAAGCUUUGAAGGAACUCCGAAAAUCGUGAAGGUAGAAAAACCCACCGACAACGAGAAAGCGAAUGCGAAGUCGAACCUAUUUGCUGGAACCCGAGACAAAUGUGCAGGGUGUACCAAGACGGUUUAUCCCCUUGAAAAGGUAACGGUGAAUGGGACGGCGUACCAUAAGAGCUGCUUCAAGUGCAGCCAUGGAGGGUGCACAAUAAGCCCAUCAAACUACAUAGCACAUGAGGGGAAGCUAUACUGCAAGCACCACCACAUUCAACUGUUCAAGGAGAAGGGCAAUUACAGCCAGCUUGAAACUGAGCGCCAAAAGAGCAAUGCAGUGGCAAUGAAAUUAGGUGCUUCACUGGAAAUUGCAGCUGAAUCAUAGCUUGUAUUGGAACAAAGAACACAACGAAGUGCUUGAUUUUAUUGUUUUCCUGUUUGUUUAAAAAGGUCUUUAAUUCUCUGUGGAAGUCAGUUCCAACGCUCAUGCUACAUUAUUUCAUUAAUCUACGAGGCUUCAUC